AUGUCGAUAAAAGACAAGCACUGUACCGAACUUGACUUUCAGAGCUACCAAGAAUUGUUGGCGAGCAGUCCAUCACCAGAGGCACCCUUGAGCAAACAGCAGCACCAGCUCAAUGUGCCCGCCCAAUCAAAUUCUACUUCCAAUCCAAAGAAAAGAGCCGCUUCCCCCAGCAGCAAAGAUACACGGAAAAUUGUGGGCGGAGCCCCAAGAAGCUUUGGCUUACCUCAGGUAUGCGAAGAAGGAAAAUCCCACCGGUUGAUCGUCAGGGAAGAAUCCCCCUGGGAUACUUAUCGUCGGACACUCAAGUGUACUCUGGCUGGCGAUGUAUUUAUUGCAGCUCGCCGUUCAGGCCCGUCUACGGUGGUAGCCAUUCGGAAGUAUAUUAAUGGGGACGUGGCUAAAAUGCGAAGAAUGUAUGACAUUCUUGACCAUGAUAACGUAUUGACAGCUCGAGAGUGCUUUGUCAAUGAAGGAAGCAUCUACGCCCUUGUCAAUGACCUCCCGCUCACUUUGGAGCAACUUGUGGGGUGUCGCGCUCUCUACCCCACAGAAACGGAAUUGGCUUCUAUGGUUUGGCAGAUUUUGUGUGGUCUGUGUUAUCUCAACAAUAUUGGAUUAGAACACCAGGAUUUAACGUGUAGGAAUAUCCUUCUUGGCCUAGAUGGCGUCGUCAAGAUCGCCAGCUUGGAGAUGUGUGUGGAAUGUCCGCCGGGUCAAGCACAGAUUUUAUACAUCAAAAAGCUUGCUUCUAUGACCAUGGAAAUCAUGCAAAAAUUUGAGAAAGACGAUGGAAUGGUGGGAGUAGAUGAUGUGGAACGCUGGCCUGUUGACUCGGAUUCCUUCGAGUUUCUUUCCGCCCUCUUGACAACGAAGUCCAUUGAAUCCCUGAAGGAGCAACCACUUGUCCGCCGAAAAUCUCGAUUAAAAGGAGAGUUGGUGCUUCUUGCGCGGUCUAUUCUAGUCUCUGCGAGAAUGUUCUAUUCCUAUGAGAGGUAA